CUUACAAUUAAACGCUUGCCUUUCUUCACUGGGGUAAUAUUUUCCAAAACAAAAUGCUUGUAAAAAUCCCCAAGUGUUUACGGAACUGGAAUAUGUAAGCAUUUUAAUCAAAAACGCUUUGCCCGCCUCACAAAUAUUACGUUUCUUGCCGGAAACUGCGAACUGUACUUCACUUCCGCCCUUUCUUUCGGCUCUCACUGCUCAAUGGAGGCUUACAAAACUACACUUGGGCAUCAGAUUUGUAGAAAAGGGUUUACCGAUUCAAACAAGCCCUCUCAUGAGCCAAUCGGUGCCUGUGAUGCAGAGAUAGGCAGCUAACAAGCCAAUGAUGUCUCUCCAGCCUAUGUGGGACACCCUCUCUUUGAUUGACAUCUGCUCCCUCCAGUAGCGAUUGCAUGAUCCGUGAGUGUCAUAGCUCUGUAGCCAAUAAACAGUCGAUUCCAACGAUAUAUGGUAUGUACCAUCAGGUAAAGGGGCGUGGCUGUUAGAGCCGUGCGUAUAAACAUAUCUCCAGAUGCGUAAAGCGUGCGCCCUCACACACAGCUGUUAGUGUUGUUGUUAUUGCGGCAGGUGACGUUUGUGACGUUGGUGCGGUUUUUUGUACUUGUACUUUACUAUACUUGUAGGUAUUUUUGAAAAGUUUGCCAAGAAUUUCCAAAUGGAAGGCAAAAAGUUUUUCACGCCUGCGCAGGUAGCCAGCAUGCUCUGCGAAUUAUCCGAAGAUGAGUUUUCGUCCUCGGCAGAGAGCGAUUUAUCCACGGAUUCUGAAGCUGAUGAGGAUUUCCUAAAUGGAAGAGAUCCUGAUCUAGAACUAGAGCCAGAGUCAUCAGACUCAGAUUGGCAGCCAGAGAGAAAGAGGCCCAAGAGGACCCCAGUGACUGUGGAGGAGGAGGACCUGGAACCCCAACCCUCUAGCUCCACACAGCCUGCAAGUCAAGGGAGAGGAAGAGGAAGAGGCAGAGGGAGAGGCAGAGGGAGAGGCAGAGGGAGAGCAGGAGGGAGAAGCACUCCGAGUUCUGGACUUGAAGGUGCAUGGCAGGGCACGGAUGUUGAGGACAUCACUCCUGAUCAGCCAUCCUUCCUCCCAGCACGCACACCUGGUGGCCAGCUCAUGGGUGGUGUAAAAUACACCAUCCUACAAUUGUUCAGUUUAUUCAUGACAAAUACCAUUGUCAAAGACAUCAUGAACAAUUCCAACAAAUAUGGAGAAAGGAAUCACCCGGACACAUUCCAGAGGAUUACCAUGGCAGAGAUGAUGUCCUACCUUGCAAUGAUUAUAUAUAUGGGAAUACUCAAGACAACAGCAAUCACUGACUAUUGGAGAAGGAAUGAGCUGUAUGCCUUGCCUUUUCCCUCAAGCGUGAUGUCCGGGCGCCGCUUCAGAGCCAUCUCUCGCGCCCUCCACCUCAGUGACCCUGAUGAAGAUGCUGCCAACGACUCAAGAAGAGGCACCUCUGGGUACAAUAAGCUUGGCAAAAUAAAGCCAUUGUACCAGGAGUUCAGGCAGAUGUGCAUGGCACAUUAUCAACCCCACCAGUGCAUUUCCAUCGAUGAGAGGAUGGUCGCCUCCAAAGCCCGCAGCGGAAUCCGCCAGUACAUGAAGAAUAAGCCCGUGAAGUGGGGUUAUAAGCUGUUUGUGCUGGCGGAUUCCACCAGUGGUUACACCUGGGACUUCUUCAUCUAUGAAGGCAGGGGAGCAACAAUCAACAAGGGGCUCAGCUAUGACUCCGUCAUGCGUCUCACAAAUACGCAUUUGCUUGGUACCGGGUACAAGUUAUUUGUAGAUAACUUUUACACAAGCCCAGAUCUCUUUCGUGACCUCCUGCAAAAGAAGAUCUGGGCCUGCGGUACCAUUCGUGGACAGCGUAUUGGGUUCCCCAAAGACAGGCCAGGCGGGCUUGUGAGGUCGUCUCCCCGGGGCACCAUUCGCUGGAUCCGUGAGGGGCCCCUGGUGUUUGUGCAGUGGAGGGACACCAGAGAUGUGCUGAUGUGUUCCACACUUCAUGCAGCACAUGGGGACGAUAGUGUCCGGAGACGGAUCAAGGGGGCAGAUGGGCAGUGGCGUGUGCAGGAUAUCUCCAUUCCACCAGCCAUCAAGGAUUACAACAGGCACAUGGGUGGUGUGGACCUGUCAGAUGCCAUGAUCGGUUAUUACAGUGUCCUGCAUAAAACCAAGAAGUGGUACCGGUCUUUCCUGUACCACUUCAUCGACAUCGCCAUCGUCAAUGCCUACAUCCUUUACAAGGAGAUCGCCACUGCAAGGCAGGAGAAAGUGAUGUCCCACAAGGCCUUUCAGGAGACCCUGGUAAUGGAGCUGAGAGAAGUUGGGUCUACCUCCACAGCCCCUCCACAGCCACCCCCUCCUGCUCCCCAAGGUGCCUCACACAAGCUUGUGCACUUUUCGCAGGAUGGCACCGUUGGUCGGAGGAGGUGUGUCCACUGCCACCGGAGGACCACAAUAAAGUGCACCUCCUGCAACGUAUGCCUGUGCUUCGUUAUAACCAGGGACUGUUACAAUACAUGGCACACCAUGAAUAAUUUGUAACUUUUCUAUAUAACAUGUAAAUAUUUCUUGUGUGUGUGUGUGUGUGUGUGUGUGUGUUUUGUAUUUUGCAGUUUUUGUAAAUUAUGUAAAUAGUUCAUUUUACAAUUCUUCAACAUAAAAACACUUUGCCAGUGCAUUUUGUGUGCCCUUUUUUAUCAAAGCCUCAGGAGGAAUGGAAGAAAAUGUGUUUUUUUUGUGGUUAUGCUAAUGUAAAUUUGUGCCUAAUUGACUGACAUCAAAUCCAAAUACACAACAACAUAACACAGAGUGUAAGCUUUCAUCAGAUACCAAGAUGAUGUUUCUAGGCAAAGGGGUUCAAAAGUUAUAAGCCUUGGAAACUCUGGGUACCCAAGGUUCAUUUUGGAGUCUCCAAAUGGCACAAAGCAAAAACGCAUGGACAUACCUGUAGAAAAACAUUCAUAUAAACUCCAUUUUUGAGUCUUUUGACUUCAAACUUUUUAUGGUGAAAGACAAGACAUGUGGCUAUGACCCUGAGUUGUUCUUUAGCUCCUGACAUGUGUUUACAGUAGUGUAUUUUAGGCAGUUUUCAGAAAAAUUAUUUGGGCGGAAAUGAAAUCCUCCAUUCUAGCCUCUGUAACUCUGUGUCAGUAAGGCCUAGAAUCACACUAACACUUCUAUCAGAAACUAGAGAUUAUCUUCUUUCCAAUGAGAUCAGGCACACCCCUGUGUGUCAAAGUAUG